CUUGAUCACAAGUCUUUGCAGAUGUGCUUCGAAUCGUUAAUGAUGCAGCCGGGCUUGACGCUGUCGAACAUACUGGUUGCAUAUGACCCAAGCUACCCUGAAAUUGUGGAUUUGAGUGCCUUGUACAAUUUUACAUCCGUCGGUGUCGAAAAAAGCGGAAGCAAAUCAGACUUUUUAGCCGGUUCUUUUGAAGCUGUGUGGUCGAAGUUUCCAAACGCGAGUUACGUUAUUGUGCUCGAAGAAGGCACCUUGUUGUCACCAGACUUUCUUUACUUCAUGUCCCAAGUAUUUCCUGUAUUUGCCUCUGACUCGAAACUGGCGACUAUAUCCGGAUGGAACGAAAAUGCCUGUUCAGUGUUUUCGUUCCUCCGCCAAGCGGACAAUCGUCGCGACCUACACAUUAAGGCGAACAAGAAUGUGGUCAUUGACCAUCCAAGUUUACUUAAAGAAGACAGUUAUGAUCGAAACCUCAGCACAGUAAUCUCAGAAGCUAUGUUAUGGGACGUAAAAGGCUGCUCCGGCGUUGAGCACCUGUCUGAAAUAAAGAUACCUUCAAAAGCCAAACGGUCGACGUCACUCAAAGUGUUCUUCUCUGAUGACCCAACUAAUCGCAACAGUUUAGCCGCAGUUGCCAGCUGUUUCGGUCUUCGCCACUCGAACGCACAUCCACUGAUCAAUCUGUAUAAAGGGGAUGGUGACGUUUUUGAGCGAGUUCAAGCGCUCAGCCUCGAACAGGUGAUCAUGCUUAAGGCGGUCGUUUACCCGUCCGCUGACAGAUGCUCAGGUGCCGCCAAAAGGCUUAGCAUUAGCCGAUCAACCUAA